AUGGCGCAGUUUACCGGCCCGCCUCUGCAGAUCUCCGUGUCACCCAUUUCGCCCGUCGCCGCUUCGUCCACAUCCUCCGGCGGAGUGCCCGCUCCUCCCCCUCCUCCGCCGUCUGCCAGGGCAGGUGGAGCCGGAGCCGGAGCCGGAGCAUCGGCCGCAACACCUACGUCGCAGUCCGCACACCAUCCGCAUCCGCCCCAGCACAAGCGUGUCUAUCAGGCCUGCAUCCCCUGCCGCCGCCGCAAAGUGCGCUGCGACCUGGGCUCUGUCGACGACCCUCACGACCCGCCCUGCGUACGCUGCCGUCGCGAGAGCAAAGAGUGCUAUUUCAGCGCCACGCGCCGCAAGCGCAAGGUUGACGAUGGCUCGGUCGACGAAGACCUUGACCAUGACGACUACAUCCUUCGCAACGGCCGCAAACAACUGCGCCGCACCAGCUCGCCCACCGGUAGUACCUUUGACCGCCGGUUAUACAGCGACGUGCCCCUCACCCCCGGCGGAAGUCAGGGCCGGUCGCAACCCCUAAGGAGACCCGGCGAUGGGUCUAAGAGCGCUCGCAGCAAUAGCACCGGUGAAUUCGGGAAUGGGGAGCCCAAUACGCCACUCGAGAACUUUGAGGCCCGCGCCGUUAUGCGGAAGGAAGUCUACGGUCCUCAAGACGCCCUGGAUCUGCUGUAUAAGGCAGCUACUGAAGACACUUCAUCACAUCAACCGGACAAAAAGCUGGCCCCUCCCCAAACCACCACGGAGCGAAGCUCUUACCAUACCCGCCAAUACACCGAAUCGCAUGUGUCAUCCAGCACCCCAGCACCCGGGAGGUACCACGGCCGCCACACCCCACGGCAGGAUAGGCCUUCAGCAGAGCAGACGAUUGAUCCAGUGCUGACCAAGCGGGAACCAUCCGCUGAACCUGGAUACAACGAUGCCCUCAAGGCUUGGGGGAGGUUUCGCUUUGUUCGCGCGGGCUGGUUCACAGCAGCUGAGGCAAUCGAAUACAUAGACUAUUACUACAAAUACCUAUCUCCUUUGACCCCUAUCUCACCGCCGACAUUCCACAAUCCGGCAUCCCACCUGACGCUACUGACAGAGGAGCCUAUCCUCACGGUGACGCUUCUUACAAUUGCAUCCAGAUACCGCCGCUUGCCGGGCACCGGAGGCCAUUGUCGCUCACACGCGAUACACGAACAGUUGUGGACCUAUCUCAGGGGCAUGAUCGAGCGGGUGGUGUGGGGGCAAGAGGCGUUUGGGGGCGGCUUCUGUGGCUCUGGGGCAGAUGAUAUCAACUCGAGCACGGCUCCGUGGCGGGGUCUGCGCAGGGGCAGCCUAAGGACUCUGGGAACCAUCGAGUCUUUGAUGAUACUGACCGAAUGGCAUCCGCGGGCGCUGCACUUCCCCCCUAACGAAGCCACCGAUGAGUUGCUCCUCCCAUCGUACGAGUCCCAAUCAGAGGGCAACGAUGGCAACCCGAAGCCGGCAGCCGGAAUUGGCGGCAGGAGGAUUGAGAGCUGGCUGGAGCCGGCCUGGCGGAGCGAUCGGAUGUGCUGGAUGCUGCUGAGCACGGGUAUGGGCCUUGCGUACGAGCUCGGUGUCUUCGAUGACAUCGAUGAGCUACUAGCGGCUGGCGCCCUCGCGCGGCCCGAGUAUGAGGACGAAUCAUACCGACUGAGGGCCAGCCGCAUCAAGAGGUUGCUGCUGAUUUACCUCAGCCAGCUCGCCGGACGCCUCGGGUGGACCAAUAUGGUGCCCGAGCAGCUCCGCAAGUCGGAUCCUGCGAUUUCAAGGAGGCGACGACACUCGGUCGAUGGUACCACGCCAGGGACAACCCUGUCUUCUCUCUCGAAUACGUUCAAUUAUAUACCCGAUCUGGAGCUGGACGACCAGAUUAUCCACUGCUGGGCGGGGAUCAGUAAUGCCAUGCAGGUAGGCAACGAACGACUCUUCAGAUCUCGAAAGCAUACGACCGAGAUCAUCCAGAGCGGGAAAUACAUCGAACUUCUCAAAGACUUCCAGCCCAUGCUGAAGGACUGGUGGAACCAAUUCGAGCGCUUUCGGAUGCCUCCCUACAUUCGCCACAUUCUUACCAUCGAGUAUGAGUACGUCCGGAUAUACAUCAACUCUCUGUCUCUGCAAGCCGUAGUCGAAAGAUGUACCAGUAACGCGGGUGGAGGCUCCGGCGGGAGUGUAUCGGGCCAUUCUGGGCCGCAACUAUCGCCGCAAACGCAAAACUACUAUGGAAAGCUGCCGCUCGGGCAGCUCGGUGGGUUCGGUGCCGAGGAUCAGGAGUAUGUAAGGGAAGUUGUCAACGGCAGCCGGAAUUUGCUGCGGACUGUUGUCGAGGGCCUGCUACCCCGUGAUUACCUCAAACACGCGCCCGUGCGGACCUACUUCCGCAUCAUCAGCGGCGCCAUGUUCCUGCUCAAGACGUUUGCGCUCGGCGCGCCCAAAUCCGACGUUGAGCUGAGCAUCGGCUUGAUGGACCGGACGGUAGACGCGCUGAGGAACUGUGUGGUGGACGACGUCCACCUGGGCAUCCGCUUUGCCGACAUGCUCGAGACACUCACCAGCCGGCUUAGGAACCGGUUCAUCCAUGCACCGCCCCCGCCCGUGUCCACCGGCGAAGGAAAAUCGCCGGGCGCAACGCACGCCGACGGUCCCGGCGGCAGCGGCGCUAACGGCCAUGGGCAGCCGCCGAACCAGACACAUCCCAAUGAUAUGUGGUCCCGGAUGAAGGACGGGCUGGCUCCUGAGCGCUCCAUCACCCCGGUGAACAUCUCGGCCACCCCCUGGGACCUCACAACGGGCACCUUUCCCUACCCAUCUGGCUCCGCCUCCAUGUUUGGCCCGUCCACCCCGGCCGCGACCACAGGGUUCGAGGGCGGUAACACGGGCAACGGUAACGGAGUCUUAGCUGACGGCGGCGGCGGCGGUGGCAGUGGCAAUGGUGGCGGUGUCAUGUUUGACAACUCGGACUGGGCCAACCCGGCCAACGAGAUGUGGUACCUCCCUCCGGGGCCGGCCUUCUACUCGAACCUGGACAACACGAGCGUGUCCAUGACGGCCGAGGGCGUGAACGUGGGCGGAGUUGAUUUACUUGAGUACAUGGCCAUGGACCCGAUGGACUCGCACGGAUUUGGGGUUGAUCAAGGGUUUUGA